ACCUUCCUCUGACAGAAGGCAUGAUUCACAGUAGAGAGAGAGAGAGCAGGAGAGAGCAGGAGAGGAGCAGAAGAAUACAAGCUACUGAAAGAGAAAAGCACCGAUCAAGAUGUGAGACGCUUCAAUAAGAGGCACGGCACGGCACGGCACGGCACGGCACGGCACAGAUGCGAUCCUGAUGGAUGACUCAAGUCAACAAAUAGAGCAAGAAUGAGGAGAAGCUUUGCCUGGCUCCACCGUGCUCUGUGCCUGCCUUUCUAACAAUUUGGCGGAUUAAGACGCAACUGGCUACUCUCCACCUUCUUUCUUCAGAUCGCGUGGAAGAAAAGACUUCACAAUUGACGCUUCAAACUUCCCCCGUGUCUCCCGUCCACCCUUCCCACCGUCGAGCUUCCGACAAAACAUGGGCAAACCACUUAGCCGCCCAGGCUGCUUCAGGAAGAGCUCUUGUUGCCUGGAGAAACAUGCCGUUUUGGAAAGAGAAGUGAGAGGUGGCGACGUGAUGACGGAAGGGGGAUACGGCGACGGCUACGUGCCUCAACGCUCCAUCUACGAUACCAUGUGCAUCAAUCAACAAAUUGACAGCCACCACCACCACCACCAGCACCACCAGCACCACCACCAGCAGCAGCAGCAGCAGCACCACCGACGUGAUCCCGGAGUCGAAGGGAGCUUCAGCUACUCUGCCAGCGGCUCCCUAAGGGUUAGCAGAUCCCAAGCCGAAAUGUUUGAGCCUCAGCCUUGCGCUCUAACUCCAAACCCCUCGUUUGUUCGCCGCCUCGACGAACGAGCCGUCUACGAUUCCCUGAAACUGGGAGUUCAGGACACCGACGCCGGACAUUUCAACAACCGCUCAGUUUCUCCGGCCGUGUCCACGUUCUCAGCACCGGCGGUGUCGUCGUCAUCGUCCAAAAGGCACCACCAUCACUAUCACCCUCAUCAGGCGGACAGUAACAAAAGUAGAGAUGGUCGUCACUCCUGGAAAGUUGUCACACCUCAGCAACACCUGGAAUGUUUGGACAUGGCUCCAAAUGACAUGAUGGCCCAAGGAGGGGGAUGUUUGAACCCCGCACACUAUCCUCACCCAGGGGGGCCGUCUUCCUCGCUGGCGUCCCCUCUUAUCUCCCCCUUCUCUGGCUCACCGCUCUCAUCUGGCUAUCAUACGCCAGUCUUCUUCUCACCUGCCAAAGCUCGCCCUAGUCAAUCUCAAAGUCUACGUUGUUCGCCUCCUCACGUGAUACAACCGAGGCACUAUUCGCAAAGCCAGAGCCUGAGGAUGUCGCCGCCCCACGAACUUCGCCGUUCGCCCUACCGAGCCCCGUUGGUCCAACUGUCUGCACAUGACCUUGAGCAGGACCUGAGGGAGCAAGGCGGGUGGGGCUGUGGCGAGCGAGAACGGGAGUGGGAAAGGGAGCGGGAGAGGGAGAUGGAGAGAGGCUGGGCUCAGCGAGAGUGGGAAAGGGAGAGGGAAAGAGGGAGACUGGAGAGAGAGCGAGCAAGAGAAAGGGAGAGGAAGGAAACCACUUUUGGGACCUUUGGCUAUGCUCGACCGCUUCCUCUGCGCUCAGACAGAGACUCUGUCUUUUUAGAACCUGAACAGGUCUUGGACACGACCCCUCUUCUACUUCCCCAGCCUUCGCCUUCACCGAGUGGCGCUCCGAGGAUGGGCACCGGUGCAGUGGGUCGAAAUAGAGCCGGUUCCAAAGUAGGCUCGGAUAUGGCUUCUAAAGGCGACAGUGUGAGCUCAGGCUUUGUUGAAAGCAAGCCUACUUGUGGCCUAAGGUUAGUCUCUGGAGGUGGGAGCGUGGCUGAGGCGGACAUCAUGACCGGGAUCCAUGGCCCAAAUAGAGUCGGAAGCUGGAGCAAGUAUCAGAAUGGAGCCAAAGCUAGUCUGAAGAAUGGCUCUGAGAAAAGAAUGGGCUCACAGGUGAAAACCAGAGCAGGAGGGAGGGAUUUGGAAGGAAAAGUGCAAUCUGGAGCACAAGUGGAGCACAAUGUGGCAAAAGCUAUCGACAGAGAGGGACAAAGGAGCGCGACGGAACUCGGGCGAGGUGUCGCUCAACCCGAACCCAUUGCUGAGACCCGACCAUCCACGUCACAUCGUGGGGAUAACGCACAGACUGCAACUGGAUAUGAUUUUCGAAUGAAGGCAGCUAUUGAAACGGGACCUGAGAAAGAAAGUCCAAGGCCUGUGGAGAAAGCACCCCAAGAGCAAACCGGCAAUGUUGAGCAGUUGAGCUCAGACCCGGCCGCAGUAUUAGAAACUAACUUUGAGAAAGACGUCAUGACCGUGUCUUCACGUGAACAGCAGGCGCCGCUUGAGCUGGGACCGACUAAGGAUAGAGAGAAGAAAAGUAAGAAUGACGCCAGCAAUCGAGAAAGUAGCCACAGCAACAUGCAUCGUGCCCAGGUCGACAAAGAGCCUGCGGAUAAAAGCCAAAAGGCCGCUCCAGGGCAAACACUUGCGGAUAUGGGCACAAAUAUUAUACCCGGCCAUGUUGGAAAAGGAUCCAAGAGCCACAAGUCCAAAUCCUCAAAGUCCAGUUCCAGGUCCCGACCCGGUACGGCCACAGGGUUGAGACCCGGGGCGCUCAGCCCACGACUCAGGAAAGAUCUCGCAGAUCUGGAAUCGACAGGCCCCGCCGAAGGCAUCGAGUCCACCUGGCCUCGUCGAAUCAUGGUUAGAAAGAGAACUGUUCGGCAAGGUGGAGCCGUCCAUAAUCUUCCCAUCCUUCCGCCGCUUCCGUCAGUCAUCUCGGCCUUAGAAAAGCGCCGGCCACAUUACCAGCUCCAUUUCCGUCCGGGCCACCACUCGGAGAACCCGCUUUUGACAGAUGUGAGCGUUUUUCCGGGGCGCUGCUCACUAAAAGAGCCCCCCCAUCAAGAACAAGUUCAAGGAGCCAAUUUAGUGGGCAGAGCAUCCCUGAAAGAGCAGAACCUGGAGCACUGGAGGGUCUACAGAGACCUAGAAGAUCCCAGAAGAUGUAUAACCCGGGAGAAACAAGGCCAUCUGACAGAGAAUAGAUAUGUGAACGAGGGAAACGAUCCUAUUGGGGAAAGUGACCAAAGCGCUAAUAGAAUGAAAGAAACACAAGUCAAGGCAAAGACCGCAGUUGCGAAACAAAUGGCGGAAGAAGUCGAACAAGAGCAGAUCAAAAUAAUAAAAUCCCAAGAAAAAGUUCAAGAGAGUGGAAAGAAAGAUGAAAGGCAUGAUGAAAUCAUCUGUGACAAGAUGGAAGAGAAAAGUGUCGAAGGUAGGCAGUUGCAAACGUUGGAGGUGGCGGCACCGGCGGCGGCACCGGCGGCGGCACCGGCGGCGGCACCGACGGCGGCACCGGCGGCGGCACCGGCGCCACAUGUCACCAAUGAAGAAGGAGGAUCCUUUGGGGAGGAGCACCAGACCACGGAGAGUUGGGAUUCAGUGCUCCAGAUGGUCAACACUAUAUGGGAUGAUGGCGCAGGAGGCGAUAGCGAUUCUUUCUCGGGUUCCCUUCAACGCUGGCCUCUCCUUCGGCCCCCGCUCGGCUUCGGAGGCUCCCAUCCUCCGUCUUCGGCAGCCUCGGAGCUCAGCUUGUCGGAAUUAGAGAAGCGAGCCAGAGAGCUGGAUUCUGACUUGGAGCACCUGGAUCUGUCUCGGAGCCAUUCGGACGGCCAGGAUUUAUACCGAGCGUCGUCGCCGGAUUCUCAAAAGGAGAUGUACCUAACCCAUCCAAGGCCUCAGCGAGAGAAAGGAUCCGUCUUGACGGGAAUGGGAAGCAAGUGUCAGGUCCGUCUGGAAUUCAGUUCCAUGCUAAUGCCGGCUACUGACGCAGAGCAAGACACUGUCGGGUGGUCAUUCAAAUCUCCUGCUGGGACGUCCACAGUGGCCACAAGCCCCAAUAAAGAGGACAGCUCUCCAGACUCCAACCUAACGCUGGAAUCGGACUCCAGCGGCGUCUUUCUGUCAUUAUCCAAUCCGAGUCAGGAAGGGGCUGGCUCUGACAGCGACCAGCCAAUUAGUGGCUCUGACCUCGGCAGCAGCAAUACAUCACUGGAGAAGGACGGCGAUGAUGGCGCUUUAAAGGAAUGGGGCAGGGAGGAGAGCGCCGAACUCCAAUGGUGCUAUCCCUCGCUGCUCUCUCGUGAAGACGCCCGAGAAAACGUCUGUGGAGACCGUGAAGUGAGAGGGAAAGAUGGCUACGGAACAGGAAGAGCCUUUUCCACUUAUGAGUCCACACCGGACCCAUCAGACGCCAUUGAGUGUGAAGCCAUGCGGCCGAGAAGGAAAGUUACGCUCGUGGCAGAGGACCCCCUUCUCCCGCCAUCUCCCUUGAAACAUCCCAUUGAUCCUUAUCGCAAGGCCAUUCGAAGCUCAGGGCUGGACAGUGGUGACAUUGAUCCCUUUGCCCAAGCAGAUAGCUUUGUUUAUCUUGCGGUGUCAGAAAAAGAUGGCCCCCGCGGAGACAUCUCCAACCUGGUCACGGAUUACUCGGCUGGAGACUUUGACACAGAGAGCGUGCGCCUGCAACACUUUGAGCGCAGUAGGAAAACGCGCUUGGAGCAGUCCAACGCGGAGCCGGGUGCCAAGGCGCCGCCGGCUCACCUGGCCCCACCCCGUAAAGCAGAAGAAGGAGAUUUCUUAUGUACUGACAGCUUUGUAUACCUGGCUGCUCCAGCUUGCCUCCUCUUAGGCCCCGAAGGAUCAACGUCAUACAGUGGCAGGGAGUCGGAUUCUGAAAGUUCUGGCUCCGAGCCCGUCGACCAGUCCGUAUUGGGUUGCGGUUCGGUGGCCGGCGACAGCGACUGGGACUCGGACUUGUCCGACUCGGGUGCCAGUCGGCCCUCAAGAGCUGCCGGCGGCGCUAAAUCCGCCGGGGCGGCCCGACACAAAAGACCGCCGGCGGCGGAACCGCGUUGGGACUCGUUUGGAGAAACGACAGAACCUGAGACGCCAGAAGAGCCCUCGGUCGAACAAGAGCAAAAGGGCAAAGCAAACAGGCUUCCCGUGGGAUCGUCAGACGACGGCGCCUCGGCCGAGCGCUCGUGUGCCACCAAAAAGGUGACCUGGCAGUUCAAGCCGGCCCAGCGCUCAGUGUGCACCGGAAGUCGGAAAGAGAAGGAAAAGGACAUGGCAUCGUUUUCCUCAUCAUCAGAGGGCAGGGGAAGUGAACUUGGCGGGCACCGGCCUGCCGCUUCUUCGUCAUCAUCUUUAACCUCAUCCCCGUCCUCCUCCUCCUCCUCCUCUUCUGGUUGAACAAUGAAGAACUUUCUCAAUCGAUGGCUUGAACAAUCAAAGCCUGUUUUUGCUCUGGCUUUUAAUCUUGCAGCUAGCUUUUGCCAUUGCCUUCUUACGUACGUACGUCCUCGCUGCAGAAAGAUGCUAACCACGUGCAUACAGUCGGCUCGUCAAUUUGAAUCAAAAGACGCGGCCGGCCGGCCAGCCAGCCAGCCGGCCGGCCAGCCAGCCAGCCAGGGAAGGUUCAGACUGUCAGAAAGGCAUCAUUUAAAAGACACACAGUUGGCUAAUUGCACACAAUAGGAUCUUGUUGAAUGUACAAUGCAGACACAAUUACGAGAACAGCAAAGUGUAACAUGUUGAUGAUGGUUUUUCACUUCGAAAAUGUACUACCGUAAUUUUCGGACUCGCGUUUUUUUUCAUAGUUUGGGUGGGGGGGCGACCUAUACUCAGGAGCGACUUAUAUACAUAUAUAUGGGUUUUUUUUCACUUUUUUGGGCAUUUGAUGGCUGGUGCGACUUAUGCUCCGGUGCGACUUAUAGUCCGAAAAUUACGGUACAUAUGUGAGAGCUGGAAGCCAAAAAUCUCAAAAUAUUUUCAUUUUUUGCUAACUCGUGGAUGUAUUUAACCAACAAACCUUUAAGAAUUGUCAAGCAAAAGUGUACAGUUGAUUUGAUAAAUAUUGCAGUGUAGUAUUUAACAGCGUGUGUGUGUGUGACCAAUAUAUUUUCAACUUUGAGCCUUCAAGUCUAUUUACAAAGUAUGCGAUGAACAUGCACGGAUGGAAGCAGCCCAUCUUAUUGGAGGCAUUUAUUGACAUUUAUUUUAGACUUGGAAAUGUGAAUGUAUUGAUCAUUGAGCAAUAUGCUUACAAACCCAUGCUAUGUGAAAAAUGAGUGAUUGGUGUACUUGACUGUAGUUUAUGAUGCGUUUCAUUUUCUGCCUUUUUAGAUAGCAUUCCUUUCAGUAGAGCUAUUAUUCAAAGAGGGGUGGCUGUCAAACUCAUCCCAAGUCAGAUGGCACCGUUUAGUCUUUCUCGAAGAUAUCAAUAAUGAUCAUUCUCUGUUGUUUUUUUGCCACGUUUGUUGGUGCAAAUAAUUACAAGUACAUUUGAAUUGCGAUGUGUUAGUAUCUUGCUGGAAAUCCUUUGAUUGUUUUUCCAAUUUCAACAAUAUGAUGAAUCCGCUUUAGUUUGUGCCAUUUAAAGAACACAGUGAAUGUAUCUACUGUUUCAUAAAAUAGUUUCUAGUUUUGAAAUCAUUUUGGUUUUGGAAGAAAUGUCAACAUCCAUUUUGAAAUGUCAACCACCUGAGUUGACAAUUAACACUCAAAUGGCAACGGAAAGCCCUAACCUCCAUAGUCGUUUGCCAAAACGAACGAAUUGCGAGGUUAGGCGGCCCAGAAACAGACAACCAUUACACCAAGGGACGAAAAAAACACUUCUGUUUGUCCUCAGUCCGUCCUUGUUUUUUUGUUAACUUGUCCCUUGAUCCGCAAUUAACCAAUAUAUGGGAUCACUUUAAAUGGCACAAGAAAAUAUCAAUUGAAAAAAGAUCAACGGAAAAAACAAAUCUUCAUAAAUUGUCUGUAGAUAAGAUUGGCCUUUAGGAACAUCAAGUCAGCUUUGAGGAGCUGAUCCGCUUUGCGUCCCGUUUUGGAGCAGAUUCUCUGCCGUUGCUAACAAUGUGCAUUAGCAACAAAAGUUCCAUUAGCGAUACUGGCACCUUCUCUUCUCUUCUCUUCUCUUCUCUUCUCUUCUCUUCUCUUCUCUUCUCUUCUCUUCUCUUCUCUUCUCUUCUCUUCUCUUCUCUUCUCUUCUCUUCUCUUCUCUUCUCUUCUCUUCUCUUCUCUUCUCUUCUCUUCUCUUCUCUUCUCUUCUCUUCUCUUCUCUUCUCUUCUCUUCUCUUCUCUUCUCUUCUCUUCUCUUCUCUUCUCUUCUCUUCUCUUCUCUCCUCUCCUCUCCUCUCCUCUCCUCUUCUCUUCUCGUUAACCCGCCUCCCCCUUGCAGGCAGGUGCAACAUUCUGCCUUUCUAUUGUCAAUAAAGUUGGAAAAAACAAUC